UGUGGCACUUCCGGGUUGGAGUCGAGCGCGCGUGCUCGUCGAGGACUUCCGGUGCUGUUUCCUGUGUUUGUAAACUGUAGCUCGCGCUAGCUGAUGUGGACGAUGAGAUAAGGAGCCAGUUUUUUUUUUUAACCCACGUACCAAAAAGACUUGAAGGACGAAAACUGGUGCCAGAUGAUAGCAGUGGGCGUGUCCUAUUGUCUAGUGCAUCGUCCUGAGUGACAGCUUCUGGUCCCUCCCUUUGUCCCUGUUUUCUUCAGUGAUGUCACACAUACCAACCACCUCGGUCCGUGACCAUAUGAAAUGGGCGGGGCUGCUCGGCUGUGAAGCCGUCCUCUCCAGCAUGGCUCUGAUGCAGGCCAGCACCAUUUCUGCUCCAAAGAAGAUGAUGACAUCACUGGCCCCGCCCCCUGUACCAGGUCCUACUCAGAGGGACCCGCAGGGACACAUGGGCUUAACGGCGGCCAUGACCUGCCCUCCUCUGCUUGUCCGUAAAGAAGGCGACUUUCACGCCCCUCGCCUUCUGGACGAGAAGGAAAUGAGACCGAACGAAGACUUACAGCUUAAGAAGAAGAACAGGAAGUCGGGAACGCCCUGUAAAGUCCGAGAACAGGAGGGGAAGGGAGGGAAGGCCGUGGUGGUGGACGAGAACGGGAAUUGUCCGCUUUCCAAAGUGCAGAAGAACUUCAUCUGCGAUCACUGCUACGGCGCCUUCAGAAGCGGCUAUCACCUGAAGCGACACAUUCUCAUUCACACCGGGGAGAAGCCAUUUGCUUGUGCCAUAUGUGACAUGAGGUUUAUUCAGCGCUACCACUUGGAGAGACACAGCCUCACUCACACCGGGGUGAAACCGUAUGCAUGCACCAUGUGUGACAUGCGGUUUUUCCAACGUUACCACCUUCAGAGACACAGCCUCAUACAUACGGGGGUGAAGCCCUACGCUUGCUCCAUGUGUGACAGGCGUUUUUUCCAACGCUACCACCUGCAGAGACACAGCCUCACUCACACGGGGGUGAAGCCGUACGCUUGUUCCAUGUGUGACAUGAAGUUUUUUCAGCGUUACCACCUGCAGAGACACAGCCUAACCCAUACGGGGGUGAAGCCGUACGCUUGUUCCAUGUGUGACAUGAAGUUUUUUCAGCGUUACCACCUGCAGAGACACAGCCUAACCCAUACGGGGGUGAAGCCAUAUGCUUGCUCCAUGUGCCAUAUGAGGUUUUUUCAGCGUUGUCACCUUCAACGACACACCCUCACCCACACGGGGGUGAAGCCAUUUGCUUGCACCAUGUGUGAUAUGAGGUUUUUUCAACGCUACCACCUCCAGAGACACAGCAUCACCCAUACGGGAGUGAAGCCUUACGCUUGUUCCAUGUGUGACAUGCGUUUUUUCCACCGUUACCACCUGCAGAGACACAGCCUCACUCACACGGGGGUGAAGCCCUAUGCUUGUAACAUGUGUGACAUGCGUUUUUUCCAACGCUACCACCUGCAGAGACACAGCCUGACCCAUACGGGGGUGAAGCCGUACGCUUGCUCGAUGUGCGACAUGAGGUUUUUCCAACGUUACCACCUCCAGAGACACAGCCUCACUCACACGGGGGUGAAGCCGUACGCUUGCUCCAUGUGUGACAUGAGAUUUUUCCAGCGUUACCACUUGGAAAGACACAGCCUCACUCACACGGGUGAGAAGCCAUUUGCGUGUGACAUGUGCGACAUGCGCUUCAUUCAGAGAUAUCACCUGGAGAGACACAAGCGUGUACACAGUGGAGAGAAACCAUAUCAGUGUGAACGAUGCCAACAGAAUUUCUCGAGAACAGAUCGUCUGCUCCGACACAGGCGGCUGUGCCAGGGGAAGGGUGUGGCUAAAGUGGAGGCCGCGCCCUGUUGCGAGCCUCGCCCGUUUUCUCAAGACCCGCUCCCUGCUCCGCCUCCACCUCCGCCCAACACCUGGAGUCGACUUGCAGUCUGACAUUCCCUAACGUCGAGCGGCACGGAAAAGAAAUGACGAACACACUCCUGUCUCUCUGACUGCCGCCUCGCUCAGCGGGAGAAUUACCAAUUCAACAAGGCGGUUUCUUCCAGAAGGAGAAAGAGAACCAACGAAAUGCUUCUUUACCUUUAUUUGUGUUAACGAUUAUUUUAACAGAGGGACCUGUUCUGGAUUUUUUUAAUAUGUUCAAAUGAUUUAUUCACUUUUUUUUUGUAAGAGCUUUUCAGCCUUUGUUGUUGGUUUGUGGCUGAAGAGCGCCUUGACUCGAUGGACGAGAGCGUGAUGGACAGAAUUCCGCUCAUCUUUCUGCUGGUUUAAUGCGGCGCAAAUUUGUCCAGGAGUGAACAGGUUAAAGUUUCCACAUGCAACGUUUCGUGUGACACAAGCUGUGUUUCAGCUGCAGCUUCACAGAGCUGAGGCUUUCUUCUGGAACUCUCCAGAAAUUUCAUACCUUCAUAUUAUUCCUCCCGUUUAGCCGCUCACAUGUGUGCAUGUGAGAAUAACUGAGUUUUCACUGUAACACUCCACUUACACACCAGCUACAUAACGUUCUAGCUAGUGAAAACAUUUGAAUCUAAAUGGUGAGCGAACUGAAAUGUUUUUUUUUGUUAAUCGUUCCUGAUCCUGUAGUCCCCUGAUCCCAAUCCUGAUCCUGUACUCCACUGAUCCCAAUCCUGAUCCUGUACUCCACUGAUCCCAAUCCUGAUCCUGUACCCCACUGAUCCCAAUCCUGAUCCUGUACCCCACUGAUCCCAAUCCUGAUCCUGUACCCCACUGAUCCCAAUCCUGAUCCUGUACUCCACUGAUCCCAAUCCUGAUCCUGUACUCCACUGAUCCCAAUCCUGAUCCUGUACUCCACUGAUCCCAAUCCUGAUCCUGUACUCCACUGAUCCCAAUCCUGAUCCUGUACCCCACUGAUCCCAAUCCUGAUCCUGUACCCCACUGAUCCCAAUCCUGAUCCUGUACUCCACUGAUCCCAAUCCUGAUCCUGUACUCCACUGAUCCCAAUCCUGAUCCUGUACUCCACUGAUCCCAAUCCUGAUCCUGUACUCCACUGAUCCCAAUCCUGAUCCUGUACUCCACUGAUCCUGAUCAUGUAGUCCCCUGAUCCCAAUCCUGAUCCUGUACUCCACUGAUUCUGAUCCUGGGAUCUGGCAGUGUUUUUUUUUUUUUUUUUUUUAACCAGCACCACUGUGCUUCUUUCCAUCACCAGAUCACUUUUUAAGAAAAGAACAUAAAUUUCAGACGUUUGUUUUUCUUUUUUUUCCUAGCAGCCUGAUCUUAGUCAGCAGCUUUGUUUAUGUUGACACUUCAGUGGAAGUUUGUUUGUCACCGCCGCCGGCAUGAACAAACUCGCUUCUGUUCAGUUUCAUUCAAGCCCCACACACACACACACACACACACACCCACACCCACACACACAC